AUAAUAGUAGCUUGAUUCAUCAACUUCUAUAAUAUUGACUCUGUCACUCUCACAUGACUCCUUUUCCAACUUCCAUUCAUAUAAAUAACAACUUUCAGUUGCACCCUCCGUCCCCGCUACUCUAACGUCAUUUCUUUCAUUCUCCUCAUCUUCACCAUUCGAAUCUGUUCGAUCCAUGAUUGUAUGAAUCUUGAGUUGAUACUAGAAUUAAAUUCAACUGUGAAUUCGAGGAUCGCGAUUUGGUUGUGGCGGCGUUGAAUGAGUUUGUUGAUUAGUCAGACUACAUCAUUUUUAGUAUUUGUUGAAUUUGAAGUUCUGAUUUGAUUAGAGGAGCUUUUGUUUUUUGAUUUCGAGCUAGUGUUAAUUCAGUGAUUUUGAGAUUUCAGAGUAGUUCAGAGUAGCAGUGUGAAUUCAAUUUCAAAUAGUGCAAUAAUUUCGAGAUUUUGGAGUAGAAGCUGUGAAUUUGAUUUCAAAUAGUGGCAUAAUUUCGAGAUUUUGGAGUAGAAGCUGUGAAUUUGAUUUCAAAUAGUGUAGUGAUUUCGAAGUGAAGCAUUGUUUCAAAAUGCCAACGUUUAGAGGAAAAAUUAGGGUUGGAGUUUUGAUUAUUGUGGUGGUAGGGAUUUGUCUAGCUGCUUUAUAUGGUUUAUUGAAACCAAUUUCGAAUGGAUGUGUAAUGACCUAUAUGUAUCCGACCUACAUUCCUAUUACGUCUAUGGAAAGUGUUACACCGGUGAAGUAUGGAUUGUAUUUGUAUCACGAAGGUUGGAAAAAGAUUGAUUAUAGGGAGCAUGUUAAAAAGCUUAGUGGUGUGCCUGUUCUUUUCAUUCCGGGAAAUGGCGGCAGCUACAAACAGGUGCGGUCUUUGGCAGCAGAAUCUGAUAGGGCAUAUCAAAAUGGUCCCCUUGAGUAUUCAUUUUACCAAGAAGCUUCCCUAACACCCGAGGAAGGAGAUGCAGAUAUAAGUUUAUCCGGUUUCCAGUUACCGAACCAGUAUACUAGCAGGCUAGACUGGUUUGCCGUUGAUCUUGAAGGUGAGCAUUCUGCAAUGGAUGGUGCAAUUCUGGAAGAACACGCUGAAUAUGUUGUAUAUGCUAUACACAAGAUUUUGGACCAAUAUAAAGUGUCUUACGAUGCUCGAACAAGAGAAGGUGCUGCAAAUUCUGGGAGCUUGCCCAAAAGUGUGAUAUUGGUUGGUCACUCUAUGGGUGGUUUUGUUGCUAGAGCUGCUGUUGUCCAUCCCCAUCUUAGGAAAUCAGCAGUUCAAACUAUUCUUACACUUUCAUCCCCACAUCAAUCACCUCCUGUGGCGAUGCAGCCUUCCUUGGGUCAUUACUUUUCACGUGUAAAUUCAGAAUGGAGAGAAGGAUACAAGGCAAAAACCACUAACACAGGACGAUUUGUGUCUAGUCCAGUACUCUCUGACGUUGUUGUUGUAUCCAUUUCUGGUGCAUAUAAUGAUUACCAGGUACGGUCAAAGUUAACAUCACUUGAUAAUAUUGUGCCGCCGACACAUGGCUUCAUGAUCAGCAGUACAGCCAUGAAAAAUGUGUGGUUGUCAAUGGAACAUCAGGCUAUAAUGUGGUGUAAUCAACUGGUUGUCCAAGUAUCACAUACACUUCUUAGUUUGACAGAUGCCAGAACCGGACAACCUCUUUCUGGUUCUCGGAAGAGGCUUGAAGUUUUUGCAAGAAUGCUGCAUAGUGGAAUAUCACAUGAUUUCAACCGGAUGAUGCAAUUACCCUCUUCUAAACAGUCUAUCAACAUUCCUGACCAGAAUACAAAAGAUGACUCUGGACCUCAAAAGCACAGGUCAGUUACCUGUCCUCACAAUAUUCAUUGGAAUGAUGGGGGCCUUGACAGAGACCUAUACAUUCAGAUAAAUGAGGUUACUGUAUUAGCAAUGGAUGGUCGAAGGCGGUGGUUGGACAUACAAAAAUUGGGUUCAAAUGGAAAAAGUCAUUUUGUGUUAGUGACCAAUCUCGAGCCAUGUUCGGGAAUCAGACUUCAUUUGUGGCCUGAAAAGGGGAGUUCUGCUUCAAGUUUGCCUCUCAAUGAUAGGGUUAUGGAAGUAACAUCUAAAAUGAUGCAUAUUCCCUCAGGCCCAGCACCACGGCAGCCUGAACCUGGCAGUCAAACCGAGCAACCUCCUCCAUCUGCUGUAUUUUGGUUAGGACCUGAAGAUAUGCAUGGCUUCAGAUAUUUAACAAUCUCAGUUGCACCUCGUCCGUCUGUUUCAGGAAGACCACCACCAGCAGCAUCCAUGGCAGUUGGACAGUUCUUUAAACCAGAGGAAGGAAAUAAAGAUUUAUCUCCAUGGUUUCUGCUUCAAUCUACUUACUCUCAAAAGGAGUUGUUGUUGGAGGAAGCUCAUCCUCUAGCUGUUAAAUUAUCAUUUUCCAUUAGCUUGGGCCUUCUUCCAAUUACUUUGUCUAUGAAUACUGUCGGUUGUGGAAUUAGAAACUCUGGCCUUCCAGAAGAAGAAGCUGGAGACCUUGAAAGUAGUAGGCUCUGUAAAUUGCGCUGUUUUCCACCUGUUGCACUUGCUUGGGAUGACAUAUCUGGACUUCAUAUAUACCCAAAUUUGAAUAGUGAAACAAUUCUUGUUGAUUCCUCACCAGCACAGUGGAGUUCCACACAGCAAUCUGAUAAAACCAUUGUUCUUAUGCUGGUUGACCCACAUUGUUCUUAUAAAAGUAGCAUUUCGAUUUCUGUUGGUGCUGCUGCAAGUAGGUUUCUGCUAUUGUAUAGUUCGAAGAUUGUUGGUUUCUCUAUUGCCGUAGUUUUCUUUGCUCUUAUGCAGCAAGCAUAUUCUUGGGAUAAUAAUCUACGGAUACCGUCAAUGCUGACUGCUGUGGAAUCCAAUUUGACACUAAUGUCGCAUUUCUUUCCGCUAGCCGUUCUACCUAUUUUAUUUGCGUUGUUCCAUUCCUUCUUUAUGUCUCAACCAUUACCUCCUUUUGCUAGCUUCACCAGCAUCUCCCUAAUUUGUUAUAUCUUUGCAAACGGAUUUAUAGCCAUUCUAAUUUUGUUAUCACACUUGGUAUUCUUCGUGGCUGCUGUUACACAUAUUUUCAUCAAGACAAGGUGGCAAAUGUGGAAACAAAAUGUACCAUUUAUAUUUCUUCAAAGGUUUUGUAACCGUUCUUCUAGCUUCUUUUCUCUUAAGGUGAUUCGGGUUCUGAGAGCAAAUCCAGUACUUGUUAUAUCGCUCACUGCAAUGGUUUUGGCAUGCUUGGUUCACCCAUCCUUUGGUCUCCUUAUACUUCUCUUCGCUCAUUUUUUCUGCUGUCACAAUGCAUUAUGCAGCAGUUUCCUGACAGCAUCAUGUCGUAGCCAUGAACAAAGUAACGAAACUAUCGAUUGUAAUGGGGGUGAUUAUAAGGUGUCUGAAAGACAGAAGUACAAUUUUGAUGGUAGUUUUAACCGAACUUUUCCUUCAGAAGACAACUCCAACAGUCCAGAUUCAUCAAAAAGUUUUGGUGAAGCACAAUUAGAUGUGUUUCACCAUCGCCAUGGUUUGUUGAUAUUGCAUCUUCUUGCAACAAUGAUGUUUGCCCCAUCUGUUGUAGCUUGGUUCCAGAGACUGGCUAUGGGUGAGAGCCUCCCAUGGCUCUUGGAUUCAGUACUUAGCAUUGGUGUUAUACUUCAUGGCAUCUGCAAUUCGAAGCCCGAGUUCAAUUCGUUCUUCUUGUCUAUCCCUGGGGUCCCCAUCCGCAAUGUUAGACUAUAUAUUGUCUAUCUCAUAGCUGGAUACUGGUCUUAUUUUUCUGGUCUUGCUUUGUCUCCGGACAGAGCGUUUUAUGCUAUGGCUUCUGUUGGGGGCAUUUCUUUUGCUUUAAUGAUGAUGCAUAGAAAGAGUGGUGAAACGAAAGAGGUUACUUACGGCAGCCGGAAGCAUUCUCACCGGCACUGAAACUUGCAGAAACCAUGUUUUGUAGAAUCAGAAAAUAGGAUGGCACAUGUAAUUAUGUGUAAUAUUUUUUGUUGAUGGUGCACGUAGGUCGUUGAUGACAGAUGGUUGAUAUUUUUUGUAAUACAAAUAAUCUUUGCCGGGUAUAAUGUUUUAUCCCGACAUUUUUCUGGGCAUUGUAACAUUUAGAUUUAGAUGGUUAGGGUUAGAGUGUUUUUCUUAAGCCAGGGCCUUUUCACACGUAAAACGAGGAUAUUGUUUUGCAGUUUUGUCUAAAUAUGAUGAAAGAUUUUUCUUAA